AUAUAUUUUCACUUUGUCAGAUUUUCAUUUCGGGCGAAACUGGAACCACCGCCUCUGCGUGAAUUCCUCAUCCACGACAUAGUCACAUAGGCUUUUCGCUCGGGUGAUUGGGGUUGGAGUAUGCCGGUGAAUCUCACGCCCAACGCGAUCGCGGCUAUUGUGGCCGGCGACGUGAACUCGAAGCCGCUCGUCCAGGUCCUGGACAUCAAGUUGAUUUCUAAUAAUUCGCAGCAGGAGAGGUACCGGCUUCUUAUUUCUGAUUCCGCUUCCACUCAGCACGCUAUGCUCGCGACUCAGCUGAAUAACCGAGUUAGAACCGGACGAGUCAAGAAAGGUUCCGUCGUUCAGCUGAUUGAGUACAUUUGCAGUCAAAUUCAGAACCGCAAGAUCAUUGUGGUGCUCAACAUGGAAACUAUAAUUCCAGAUUGUGAGAUUAUCGGGAAUCCAAACUCAUUUGUGGUAUCUGAUUCAACGGCCCAGACAGCAUUGUCUAAUAACAAUAUGCAGAAUUCAUCUAGGCUUAAUAAUAAUCGUCCGCCUGUUCAAAAUUCAGGUCAUGAUGAGCAGAACUUCAGACCAACUGUUCAACUUCCAUUCCGACCACCACCAGUUUACAAAAGCCAUGGUGCAAUUAUGAAGAAUGAAGCACCUGCACGGAUCAUUCCUAUCGCUGCUUUAAAUCCUUAUCAAGGCCGGUGGGCUAUAAAGGCAAGAGUAACUGCAAAAGGGGAUCUCCGCCGCUAUAAUAAUGCUCGAGGAGAUGGAAAAGUUUUCUCUUUUGAUCUCCUUGACUCUGAUGGAGGUGAAAUACGAGUAACAUGCUUCAAUGCUGUUGUUGACCGAUUUUAUAAUCUAAUUGAGGUUGGUAAAGUCUACUUGAUAUCCAAAGGUAGCUUAAAACCCGCGCAGAAGAACUUCAAUCAUUUGAAGAAUGACUGGGAAAUUUUCCUGGACUCUAAUUCAUCUGUGGAGCUUUGCCCAGAUGAAGAUGCUUCAAUACCCAGACAGCAAUUCUCCUUUAGGCCUAUCAGUGACAUUGAGAACACCGAAAGUAACUGCAUACUUGAUGUUAUUGGGGUUGUGACAUUGGUAAAUCCCUCGGUUCCCAUCUUGAGGAAGAAUGGAAUGGAAACUCAAAGACGAAUUCUGAACGUAAAGGACAUGUCUGGCAAGAGUGUUGAGCUAACCCUUUGGGGUGAUUUCUGCAAUAGGGAAGGUCAAAAGCUUCAAGAAAUGGUUGAUGGUGGGUUUUUCCCAGUUCUGGCAGUCAAAUCUGGGAGGGUUAAUGACUUUAGUGGAAAAUCUAUAGGAACCAUUUCUUCUACCCAACUCUUCAUUAACCCAGAUUUUCCUGAGGCUCAUAGAUUAAGAGCCUGGUUUGAUGAAGGGGGGAAAGAUUCAGCUUCUCUGUCCGUUUCUAAGGACAUUACGCCAGGAGGACCUAAGAAUGAGAUACGUAAAACUGUGUCUCAGAUCAAGGAUGAAGGCCUGGGGCGAUCAGAUAAGCCAGACUGGAUAACAGUGAGGGCAACCAUAUCAUUCAUCAAGACAGAUCCAUUUUGUUAUACAGCUUGCCCACUGAUGAUUGGAGACCGGCAGUGCAGUAAAAAAGUGACUAGGUCAGGAAGCAGGUGGCAAUGCGAUAGAUGCAAUCAAGAGUUUGAAGAGUGUGAUUACCGUUACCUUCUUCAAGCCCAAAUUCUGGAUCAUACGGGGAUAACCUGGGUCACAGCAUUCCAAGAAUCAGGCGAGGAAAUCUUAGGUUGCUCAGCAAAGGAGCUGUACUUAUUGAAGUAUAAAGAUCAGGAUGAUGAUAGGUUUGGGGACAUGAUCCGUGGUAAACUCUUCAACCAGUUUGUGUUUCGGCUGAAAGUCAAGGAGGAAUUGUAUGGUGACGAACAGAGGGUGAAGAUCACAGUGGUUAAGGCAGAUAAGGUGGAUUAUUCUUCCGAGAGUAGAUACAUGUUAGAUUUGAUUUCAAAAUUUUGUAAGCAGUAAUUGUGUCGGAUUCCCAUGUUUCCUUAGAUUAAGAAGAGCCACGCCUUUUCUGGACUGGCUAACUCGAUUUACAGUAUCAUUUAUAUAUGCCCACUGUAAAACCUUAGAUGUAAAUUCCAUUAAUUCAACUAGUAUAUUUUCUGUGUUUCCUCCUGUGGGAACUUGAAAAAUGUCA